AUGGCAAAGAUCACUGACUUGUCAGCCGAGUUACUUGCCAAGAUCUUCACAGAAAAUGGCUUGCCCUCACGCGACCUAGCCUCCGCUGCAGUUGCCGCGAGCGGCUUCACUUUUGAGGCGACACGCGCCGCAUUUAUCUACAACAUCAAUCAUGAGAGGUCGUCUGUGCUUGUGUGGGCAGCAAGGCACGGCCAGAUCAAGCAGAUUCGACGGGCCCUUACAAUGGGUGCGAGCCCCAAUACUCUCGGCCCCGGCCAUGGCGAGUCGAAAGAGAAGCUGGAUGAGUACUAUCACUAUGAAAGUGAGGACGAGUACGACGGUCCUGACGCAUAUGGAGCGCCUCUCCACUAUGCGGCACUUCAAGGUUUCGACGAAAUGGUGCUCUUGUUGCUUCAACACGGGGCUAGAAUGGACGUGCCGUCAUUUGAUGUAUGUCCCUGCGUCGAGAAUUGCCAUCUGGGCUUAGACGAACUCGUCCCAACCCCUCGGUGGUAUCCUUUGCACCAUGCAGUCUGCAACGGGCAUGUUUCGACCGCAAACAUUCUUCUGGAUUAUGGAGCUCCAUUGGAGAUGUCUUAUCUCGAUCAAACCUGGUUUUCAUCAAGAACGCUGCUCCACUGCGCUGCUGCUCGCGGUCUGGACACACUUGUCCAACGUGCUCUAGAGCUAGGAGCUGACGUUUCGGAGCUUUCUCCUUACGGCGAUUCUGUUCUGCACUUCACCUCUGAAUCUUGGAAGUCUGCGUCUGUCAUCAAAAUCCUGCUGGGAGCUGGCGCUCGUUUGGAAGCCAAUGAGAGCGAGCAUGGACGUACCCCUAUCUUUCAAGCCUGCCAUCUGGCAAACUAUUCGACCGCAAUGCACUUACUCAAAGCCGGGGCUAAGACAAACUUGGCCAGAUCUUCAAGAUCCACGCCUUCACUCCUCCACCUUGCUGUUGACAUUGGCUACAGUACACAAUGGGACAUCAGGCCUCAAGCACAUGGCGACCGAGACAAAGAGCAAGUCAACUUCAUUCGCGCUUUGAUUGAUGGUUCUGGCUUCGACGUCAAUGAGUUCAUGAUCCAGCACCUCCAACAUGGAGUACGUCGCGUGACUCCCCUCUGUUGCGCGUUAGACCUCGACGAGCCACGUGUCCGCACCAUCGAGCAACUGAACCUCGACGUCGCAAUUCUCCUUCUUCAGAAAGGCGCUGACCCUAACCGCACGAGCCGGGACAGAAGCCGGGACAAUCCAGUACCUUUGGAAUAUGCAUUGCGCCACUUCCUGAGCGAGGCACACGCCGAACCCAAGAGCCGGUUGAUCCCCAAAUUGAGGCGAUUGAUCAAUCUCAUGCUAGACUGCGGUGCUCAGUUCAGUACUGUUGAAGAAGAUUUGAGAUUUGAUGUGGAAGCUGAGGCUGAGCUGUGGAAUGAAGGUCACGAAACUUCCUGUAUGUUGAAGCGUCUUUUAAACCAGCAUCGCAAACAAGCAUCGCCAAAGGUGUCUCCCAAGAAAAACUCUCCCAAAAAGAAAUAA